GGGCACCCAUGGUCUUGCCGGCUGGAGAGGGGAGAAAUGAGGAAGCGAGUGGACAAGGCCAGCCUGGGCGGGAAGCCGCAACAGCGGAAGGGGAAGGAGCAGGAGAAUUAAGUGGAGAAGGCCCCUCGGCUGCUGAUGCUGCAGGCCUCGAGGAUGGCGGGAACCAAGAGGAUCAUGGCGCCUAUGGCGGCGCCCGGGAGAAUGAGCAGCGACCCCAGGAUCUGGUUCACGAUGGCAUGGGGGGCACCGAGGGUGUGCAGUCUGUGCCAGCACUGGUGACCCAUGUACAGCCUGUGCCACGUACAGUAUGUCGUGUACAGCCUGUAUCAGUUACAGCUCCCCAGGUACAGCCUAUGCCACCUAUGUUGCCCUGUGUACAGCCUGUGCUAAUUAAUGUGCAUAGUGUACAGCCUGUGUCAGUUAGGGUGCCCCAUGUGCAGCCUGUGUCAGGCACCUUUCCCUGUGCACAGCCUAUGCCAGUUAUGGUGCCCAAUAUGCAGCCUGUGCCAAUCACUGUGCCCAGGAGACGGUCUGUGCCUGUUAAUGUGCCCCGUUUCCAGCCUAUGCCAAUCACUGGGCCCAGGAGACGGCCUGUGCCUGUUAAUGUGCCCCAUGUACAGCCUAUGCCAAUCACUGUGCCCAGGAGACAGUCUGUGCCUAUUAAUGUGCCCUGUGUCCAGCAUAUGCCAAUCACUAUGCCCAGGAGAGGGCCUGUGCCUGUUAAUGUGCCCCAUGUACAGCCUAUGCCAAUCACUAUGCCCAGGAGAGGGCCUGUGCCUGUUAAUGUGCCCCAUGUACAGCCUAUGCCAAUCACUGUGCCCAGAAGAGGGCCUGUGCCUGUUAAUGUGCCCCAUGUACAGCCUAUGCCUGUUAAUGUGCCCCAUGUACAGCCUGUGCCAAUCACUGUGCCCAGGAGACAGCCUGUGCCUGUUAAUGUGCCCCGUGUCCAGCCUAUGCCAAUCACUAUGCCCAGGAGACGGUCUAUGCCUGUUAAUGUGCCCCGUGUCCAGCCUAUGCCAAUCACUAUGCCCAGGAGAGAGCCUAUGCCUGUUAAUGUGCCCUGUGUCCAGCAUACACCAGUCAAUGUGCCCAGGAGAGGGCCUAUGCCUAUUAAUGUGCCCCAUGUCCAGCCUAUGCCAAUCACUGUGCCCAGGAGACGGUCUGUGCCUGUUAAUGUGCCCCACGUACAGCCUAUGCCAAUCACUAUGCCCAAUGUACAGCCUAUGCCUGUUAAUGUGCCCCAUGUACAGCCUGUGCCAAUCACUAUGCCCAAUGUACAGCCUAUGCCUGUUAAUGUGUCCCAUGUACAGCCUGUGCCAAUCACUGUGCCCCAUGUCCAGCCUAUGACAAUCACUGUGCUCCAUGUACAGUCUAUGCCUGUUAAUGUGCCCCAUGACCAGCCUAUGCCAAUCACUGUGCCCCAUGUACAGCCUGUGCCAAUCACUGUGCCCCAUGUCCAGCAUAUGCCUGUUAAUGUGCCCCAUGCCCAGCCUAUGCCUGUUAAUGUGCCCCAUGCCCAGCCUAUGCCUGUUAAUGUGCCCCAUGUACAGUCUGUGCCAGUUACUGUGCCCAAUGUACAGCCUGUACCAGUUAAGGUAACUAGCACACCAAAUAUGCCAGUUCCUAUUGCACAGCCUAUGCCAGUCAGGGUGGACUGUGUACAGCCCACACCAAUUAUAGUACCCAGUGUGCAGUCUAUGCCAGGGAUGGUGCCCAAUGUGCAACAUGUGCCAUUUAUGGUACCUUGUGUCCAGCCUAUGCCAGCUACAAUGACCCAUGUUUCACCUGUGCCGCCUGUGCCCUGUGUGCCACCUGUGCCCUGUGUGCCACCUGUGCCAGCAACAGUGCCCCAUGUGCGGCCUGUGCCAGCAACGAUGCCUCGUGUGCGGCCUGUGCCAGCAACGAUGCGCCGUAGGCGGCCUGUGUCGGCUAGGAUGCCACAAGUACAGACUAUGCCAGUUACGGGGCCCAAUGUACAGCCUCUGCCAGCGCUGCUGUCCCGCCGCCUUCUCCGUGACAGGUUUACGAGGAUGCACCUGCAGGAGCCAGAACGGUUUUUCCAGAGAAAUGACUAAAUGCUGAAGAAGGGUAAGCACCUUGUGUGGCUUCAAGUCCUUUCAUAG